ACCGUGCAUGGAGUAAGCUACGGGUCGGUGCGGGGGGCGAGAUCCGGAAGUUCCUCAUCUAGACCACACCGAACCGGUGGCCGAGCCGGACCUGCCCUCACAUAUCAAGCCUCGUGCCUGUGUAGAGUCUAGUCAUCUAUGGCGUGAUAUCGAUAGAAACAAUGCCGGGUGAUUAAAUGCGUUCGUAUCUCUACUAAUUAGAUCUCUCCACCCCAUUGGAUCAUCUCGAGGUCUUCGUUGACCAAACCUUCUAUCCGGAGCCAAAUCUCACGUAUUAGUCAAAAUGCCUGAGCCAUACAAACAAGCGCCAAAGCCUCAGCCGCUUCAAGUCAAAUCCAAGAACGGAGGCAGCCGUCCUAACUAUAUAAUCUUCAUGCCAGACCAGCUGCGGUACGACUCGCUCAGCUGCACCACAGACGGCAAAUCCUGCAUCAAGACGCCCAACAUCGACGCAUUCCGGCGCCGAGGAACGCUGUUCACCAACUGUUUCACGCAGGCAUCCGUGUGUUCGCAGUCGCGAUGCAGCAUGUUCACAGGCACGUACCCGCACGUGAGCGGGCACCGCAGCCUGGAGAAUCUGAUCAAGCCGUGGGAGCCCAACCUGUUCCGCAGUCUGAAGGAGAACGGGUACCACGUCGCGUGUCUGGCACCGCGGGGCGACACCUUUGCGCCCACCGUCACGGAGCUUAGCGUGGACGAGUACGGGUUCCUUGAGACGCCGGAGUUCGUGCCCAAGUUCAUGGGCGGCCAGAAGGCUGAGGACAGGGAUGAUGUAUGGGGAAGGCUGUUCUACAAGGGGCUUCGAAAUGCUAGCGAGGCCAUGGAUUACGAUGACGCGGUGGUGCGCUCGGCACUGACGUGGUUGAAGUGCCCACCGCAAGACAAGCCUUGGGUGUUGUUCAUGCCACUGCUUUUCCCGCAUUGUCCGUUUCAAGUGGAAGAACCGUAUUUUUCCAUGUACGAUCGCGCCGGUGUAUCCAACCCGUCACAUCCAAGGGAGAAGACAGGUUACGAGCCGCGUUACAUGAGUGUUAUGCGUGAGCGGUACGGUACAGGGCGGGCAACGGAUGAGAUUUGGAGAGAGGUCAAAGCUACAUACUACGGCAUGAUCUCGCGGUUGGACGACCAAUUUGGACGAAUCAUACAACUCGUCGAUGAGCUUGACUUGUGGAAGGAUACGGUCACAAUGUUCUUCACGGACCACGGCGAGUACCUUGGCGACCAUGGUCUCAUCGAGAAGUGGCCAUCCGGGCUCUCAGAAACCCUAGUUCAUGAGCCACUCAUUGUAGGCGGGGCUGGACUCGAUGAGAACCAGACCAUCACUGCUAUGACUGAGAUGGUAGACUUGAUCCCGACAAUGUUCGAGAUUUCAGGCAUUGGCGAGCACUUCCCCCACAACGGUCUUUCUUGGGUGCCGUUACUACUUGGUAAUAGUAAAGAGCAUAAGCAAUACGCUUUUUCUGAAGGUGGAUUCCUAACCUCGGAGGAGCCUUUAUUAGAGCAAGCACCGUAUCCGUACGACAUCAAGGCAGGUCUGCAGCACGAGGACACAACUCUUGUAGGAAAGGCGAUUUCCAUCCGAGACGAGCACUGGACAUUUGUGUACCGCCUCUAUGAGCCGCCGGAACUCUACCAAAGACGCCAAGACCCAGAAGAGAUUCACAAUCUUGCAGAGGAAGCCCGGUACUCAGAAAUCGUUGAUAGGCUGCAGAAAGCUGUUUUGCAAUGGCUUGUAGAAGGUAGCGACUUCCUACCCUGGCAAAGAGAUGACCGAUUCCCUCAUGUCAGCCUCAAAAGUCCUAGAGAGCAGAUGGAGGAACGAUUAAAAGAGAUUGGACCGCACUGAGGAGGGCUCGUAGUCUUGUCAGAGUGUGUUGUGUUUGAUUGACUGCUCCUAGCCGAGUUCGGAAAUGACGAUUGCCUCGUGUGAAGGGAUCAUCGGUUGGGAUUUCCCUGUAACAUACAAGUAGCGGAUAUGAGCUCCUUGAAUCAUUAGUCAUGCACACCUUGCGCGGCUAAGGCAAAGCCGCGCAAUGAUUUCUCGCGCUUCACAGUGCAAUAAAAGCCAACGAACUCUAGAUCCGGGGCGGAGCUUUUGGUGGCAACCAUCUGAG